UACAUGGGAAGUGGGAAGGUGCAGCUGGAAUGUUGCCCGAAGGCAAGGAAAGUGCACUGCUUCCACGCUCCAGUCCGAAGCAGCACAACGCAGAGAGAGAGAGCAAAGCAACUUGACUCACAAGGGCACUGCGCUGUCUGGGUCAGAUGUGCGAGCUACUGUGAGGAGCAGCAUGCAGCUGUGUUGAAUGGAAUAAGCGGGGAACCUAACGUUGGUCUGACUAGAAGUUGCAGGAUUCGUCGAUGAAGAAGCGGAGAUCAUUUUUCCAAACUUAGCCAGCUUGGAGGACAUCUCAACCCAACUGGUCACUCCAGUCUGGCGACAUGAGGAGGGACCGGCUGCUGGUGGCCGUCACUUUGGUCACACUCUUGGCGGCCGACAUCCAUUUCGUCCUGCUUCCCAGACUUAAAACCUGGUAUCACCUGCCCAGAGAAAGCUGUGCAUGCAGGGUCACCAAUGGCAGCCUGGAGAACGGAGGUGCUACGACCAUCCCGUGGACGACCAGCCAGAAUUUCACGGUGGUUUCCACCGAGCGAGGUUCCAAGCUGGAGCGGCUGUUCAGACAUCCGCUCUACAACAUCCGUCUUCCAGAACUGGUGCCCGACGAACGGCUACUACAGGAAGAGGAGCUCAUGAAUUACUGCAAGAGGAAAGUGAGCCGCUGGGAGAGAAUGAAAAAGUUCUACAUCGAGGCGGCAGCAGCUUCAAACAUCACUAUACUCGAUCAUCCCGUGACCUUUGACCCGGAGGCCAGCUGGCUGCAGUUCCAUCUAGGGAUCAAUCGAUAUGCGCUGUAUUCACGAGACGACAGCAGCGUCGACAGACUCCUGCGGGACAUGCAGACGGCCACCGUCAUCAGCGCAGAUUUCACUCAGGAUGAGAAAGCGUUGAAGGGUGCAUGUGACUGCUCACAAGUGGUUAAACCAAGCGGUCUUCACCUGAAGUUGGCCCUAAAGCUCCAAGAUUUUGGCAAAGCUAUGUUUAAACCAAUGAGACAGAAGAGACAUGAAGAGACGCCGGAGAACUUCUUCUAUUUUGUCGACUUUCAGAGACACAAUGCUGAGAUAGCAGCUUUCCACCUCGACAGAGUGCUGGACUUCCGGAGAGUUCCACCCGUGGCGGGACGAUUCAUUAAUGUGACGGGUGAGAUUUUGUACAUAACACACAAUGAGGAACUGCGCAGUGUCUUCUUCAACUCUCCAGCCAACAACACGUGUUUCUUUGCUAAGUGUUUAUACGUGUGCAAGUCGGAGUAUGCCGUGUGUGGUCAUCCUGAUCUGCUGGAGGGCUCCAUGUCUGCUUAUCUACCGGGCUUGAGCAUCGCCCCGCGGAUCUCCAUCCCAAACCCCUGGAUACGCGCCUACAGUUUCACCGGGAGAGAGGAGUGGGAGGUCAAUCCGUUAUACUGUGAUAAUGUCAAAAAACUUUAUCCCUACAACUCUGGGAACAGACUGCUCAACAUUAUUGACAUGGCAAUAUUUGACUUCCUUACAGGAAACAUGGACAGGCACCACUAUGAAAUUUUCACCAAGUUUGGAGACGAUGGCUUCCUGCUCCACUUAGACAAUGCCAGAGGAUUUGGCCGGCAUUCCGACGAUGAGAUGUCCAUUCUUGCUCCAUUGACCCAAUGUUGCAUGAUCAAGCGUUCCACGCUAUUUAGACUGAAGCUUUUGGCGAAGUCCGAGUACCGCCUGAGCGACGUCAUGAGGGAAUCCCUCUCCAGAGACCCUCUCUCGCCAGUUCUGACUGAGGACCACCUGCAGGCCUUGGACCGCCGGCUCGGCCAUGUGCUCAGGACAGUAGGGAAGUGUGUGAAGAAGCUGGGAGAACCACAAGUGGUGAUCAGAGAUUUUGUAGAGUCAUCCAGAGUAACUACAAGCCACCCAGGAGGAAAUAACAGGUGACGGAACGAGAAGAGCGAGGGUUUGAGGAGAUAUCAGCAAUCCACUGAAGUGACGUUAUGAUAACUUCCAGACUAAGCCACUGAACUAAAUCCAAAAUCAUGGCAUCUAAGGACACCAGGAGGAAAAAUUAUUCAUAUUUCCGAUUGGUGAAAAAGGGCUGUGUGAUAUUACUAAGUCUUAACUGUCAAAAUUAUGAGAUACAGUCAUAAUUAUGAAUUUAACAAAAUUUCACCAAUUAAAAUUAAGAGAUAAAGGCCACAGAGAUAAAAAGGUUGAAAUUAUGACUUAUAAUUAUGAGACAAUCAAAAUUAUGAGAUAAUUAAGUAAUUAUCGAGAUGAAGAGCUCUGAAAUUGUCAAGAAAUGUAAAUUAUGAGAUAAAAGUUGAAAUGAUCAUGAAACAUUUAAAAUGAGAUAAAACGUCAAUUCUAAAAAGUACAAUUUUUGUCACGAUGACUUAGUAUCUCAAUGUCAAUAUAUAACUAUAUAUAAUACAACUACAAAAGUAUGUAAUUUUAACUCAUAAUGUUGACCGUUUAUCUCAUAUUUAUGAUUUUAUCCUAAUUAUGAUUGGCUAAAAAGGGCUGUCUGAUAUUACUAAACAAAUCUUAAUUGUCAAAAGUGACAAAAAGUCAAAAUUAUGAGAUACAAAGUCAUAAUUAUAACAGCCAAAAUGAUCACAUAAAUAGAAAUUAUGAGAUAAGCCAGAGAGAUCAAAAGUUGAAAUUAUGACUUAUAAAUAUGAUAGUCAAAAAUGUCAAAAUUAUGAGAUAAGUCAUUAUUGACACAAAAAUGUCCAAAUGAUCAUAAACCAGUGAAACAAAAAAGUCAAUUCCAAAAAAAAAAGAAAUUUUCAAUUAUGACUUUUUGUCAAUUUUGACUGUCAUGAUGAAUAUCUCAUAAUUCCAACAUUCUAUCUCAUAAGUAUCACUUUUUACCUCAUCAUUUCAACUUCUUAUCUUAUAAUUUGGACCUUUUAUCUCAUGUUUAUGACUUUGUAUCAUAAUUAUGCUAAAAAGAGGCCAUGUAAUAUUACUUCAAAAAGCUCCCUAACAAAAGCUGCCGACAGCUCUAAAAUCCCAGAGCCAGACAGAUGCAGCAGCAUUCAGAUCUACAGAUCUCCUUACAUCAGCAAACACACCAUUCAUGUGGUGCUUUAACUGCACAGCAAGAAGCAUUUCCUCUGAUUAUCCGUUCCCUUUCUGUCCAUUUUUAUACAAACAACUAUUAGUGGCGGCUGAGCUGGUGAUGUAGCACACAAACAGGCCACAUCACCAGAGAAACUCUGCGGUAGGUUGCGAGACAGAUUUCUGACUUUCCAGACGGAUCCUAAGCGUGUAAUCCUCAGCGGUCUCAUCUGGUUGUACUUCACAGGCUGUCAAGUGGGAUCUUUGAAAAGCGUUGUUGCAACUUGUGGUUCACCACUCUGUUGCAGUAUUGUAUUGCAAGUUGAAGCUAUAGCUUAAAUUCGUCAUCAUUAGUGUCUCAGCUAGCAGAAAUAAAUUUGGGUUCACCAAAUCCAGAUCAAAUGCUCAAAAUGUUAAUUUCUGAAUUGGUGGUGGUGGAUAAACAUAAUCUGAAAAACUGUAAAUCAAAUCCCGGUCAACUAUUCAUUACUGUUUGUCACAUUCUCACAUUGCCUCAUUAAAAUGACAAAAUAUUUGCAUACUUUCUGAUUCAGUCCAGUUCCUGACUGCCAGCUGACAGAAAGCCUUGUGUGACGUGUGUAAAAACUUGUAUUAUCUUUUAACACAUUUGAGUAUAAUAAAACUGAAAUUUAAGCAUAAAAACAUGAUCUGAUUUUAGCACUCAAGCAGCCAUGACUUGUCUAAGAACAUGACAUGUAAAAAAAUUAAAAUUCAGUUAAUUCAGUCCCAUCUGUUGGAUGAGAACAGAUUCAGCAAAUGCCACACAGCAUACAAACCAAGGAUAUCUGAAAUUAUAAUUCAACGGAAA